GAAUCCGAUGAAGACAUCGCAUGUGUCGUUAAAGAAAUUUUAAACGUUUUGAAAGAUGUUUGGAAUAAUCCGGCGUUCAAUUCUGAUCUCACAAGAUCCGUAAAUGAAGGAACAUACCAAUCAACCGUCAUUGUAACUACAAUUCAGGCUGUUUUAAAAAAUCUUCCUACUAAAAGCCCAUUUUUUGUUAGUACAUCAGAAAAGCAAAGCAUUGCCAGUGCGAAUAGAAAAGGAGGAAAUAAGGGAAGAUGCCCGGAUAUUAUGUUCCUGGGAAAUUAUCUCGAAACGAUCUUUGAACUUAUGUAUAUCGAAUGUUCCCGCUUAUUUUGUACCCCACAAAAAAAGACGGAUGAUGAGAUAAAAUUGUGGCGGGAGGCAAAUGAUGGUCUUUGUUGGGUACGUCAGAGUCUCAACCCCGCUAAAGAACAGUUUGGUAUUGUAGGGAUACAAGUAGCGGGAAAUAUAUUACACUUGAACGCUCUUGUUCGGGAUAAAGUCAAUAUACCCAGAUAUUAUCAUCUUCAAUCUGUUGAAAUUCCUGUACAAUUAUCGGAUGAUAGAGUC